CACGAAUUCAAGCCCAGUCAUUACACCCGCUGCUUACCAUACACGCGGAAUAAACAGUCGACUCGAAGAAGAUUUACAAAUCCGCUUCUGGAGAUAUAAUAGCCUGUUGGCACAUUAGAGCAAAGAAUCCUCAACCCCACCAUCAUCCUUUUGAGCUCUUCCGGAACAACAAAAUUUCUCCAGCAUUAGAAACAGUCAACAUGGCGCCGACAACAAUUCCCAAGCACCUCAACUUCAUCACCGGCAAUGCCAAUAAGCUCGCUGAAGUGAGUGCCAUUCUCGGCGAUUCGAUCGAGCUGCGGAAUCAAAAUCUGGAUUUGGUGGAGAUUCAAGGAACUGUGGAGGAGGUCACGAUCGAUAAAUGCAAAAGAGCUGCUCUUUUGAUCCAAGGCCCUGUCCUCGUCGAAGACACAUCCCUCUGCUUCAAGGCCAUGAACGACCUGCCGGGCCCGUACAUCAAAUGGUUCAUGCUGGCCCUCGGACCUCAGAAUUUACAUAAAAUGCUCGACGGCUUCGACGACAAAUCGACCCAGGCAGUUUGCACCUUUGCCUACUGCGAAGGCCCUGGCGAGGAGCCAAUCGUGUUCCAAGGUAGGACAGACGGCAAACUGGUAGCGACAAGAGGUCCCACGGUAUUUGGCUGGGACUCAUGCUUCGAGUACGAAGGCAAGACGUACGCGGAGAUGGACAAGGCGGAGAAGAACAAGAUCUCGCACCGAGGCAAGGCGCUCGACAAGCUGAAGGACUGGCUAGCAGGCCAUGUCGCAGCUUCGUAACCUGUUUCCUUUCCAUGAUAUCCCACCUUCCCGUAGACCCAGAAAGAACAAAUCUUCAGUCUAAAGACCUUCCCAUUGUCUUGACGCAUCCCGCUCUAUUUCUUUUCCUCAUCCUCCCGAUCCUUCUUCCACUGCGUAAUCCACGCCUCAAUCCUCUCCACAUUCCCCUCUACCUCCUCCGCAGUAUCGCUCCUCAACUCUACCACAAUCUCCUUCUCAUAGCUCUCCCGCGCUUCCUCAAGUAGUACCUGCAUGAUCUCCGCAUCCAUAUUCUCCUCCAGCUUCUUGCCCUUGUAGCCCCGCGCCGUCAAUCGAUCAUACAAGAUCGUGCUGUCGCAACGCACAACCACUACAAGGUCCACCCAUCGCACGGG